UGGAGCGUCCUGUCCAGGCUGACUGUCACUGGGGGAAAAUGGCCGCUCGACGUGAUUCUAUUCACCGACACUGAGAACUCUAAAGUCCAGAAAACUCUACAGUCUGAUCUGGAACUAUUGAAACAAACCCAACCUCAACACGGGGGAGUUUUUUAAAUGAAUAAUGUCUCGCUGGGUGCCAACGAAGAAGGAGAAGUACGGAGUUGCAAUCUACAAUUACGAUGUGCGUGGAGACGAGGAGCUGUCUCUACAGAUUGGAGACACAGUCCACAUACUAGAGACAUAUGAAGGCUGGUUCAGAGGUCACAGGCUGAGGAGGAAGUCCAACAAAGGGAUCUUUCCUGCUUGUUACAUUCACCUCAAGGAGGCCACCGUUGAAGGCAAUGGGCACAAGGAGACGGUGAUCCCCAACGAGCUGCCUCUGGUCCAGGAGGUCACCACCACCCUGCGGGAGUGGGCUUCCAUAUGGAGAGACCUCUACGUGGGGGACAGGCGUGAGAUGUUUAACUCUGUCAGGGACAUGAUCUAUGACCUGAUCGAGUGGCGAUCUCAGAUCCUGUCAGGGACCCUCCCACAAGACGAGCUGACUGAGCUAAAACAGAGAGUCACCUCUAAGAUCGACUACGGGAACAAGUACCUGGAUCUAGACCUCGUGGUGAGAGAUAAAGAUGGCAACAUCUUGGACCCCGACUCUACCAGCACCGUCUCUCUCUUCAGAGCCCAUGAAGCUGCUUCCAAACAGAUCGAGGACAGGAUCCAAGAGGAGAAGUCUCAGAAACAGAAUGUAGAUCUGAGCAGGCAGGCCAAGUUCGCCCAGACACCGUCCUUCGCUCUCUUCGUCACCCUGAAGAACGUGGUGUGUAAGAUCGGAGAAGAUGCAGAGGUCCUCAUGUCGCUCUACGACCCUGUCGAGUCAACGUUCAUCAGUGAGAAUUACCUGGUGCGAUGGUCCAGUCAAGGCCUGGUGAAGGAUAUAGACCAGCUCCAUAACCUGAGAUCAGUCUUCACUGACCUUGGCAGUGAGGUUAAAAGAGAGAAGAUCAGCUUUGUGUGCCAGAUCGUUAGAGUCGGACGGAUGGAGCUACGUGACAACAACACCAAGAAGCUGACCUCUGGGCUGAGGAGACCCUUUGGAGUGGCAGUAAUGGAUGUGACUGACAUCAUAACAGGCAAGAUGGAUGAUGAGGACAAGCAGCAUUUCAUCCCCUUCCAGCCGGUGGCGGGGGAGAGCGACUUUCUCCAGACCGUCAUCAACAAGGUCAUCGCUGCCAAGGAGGUCAACCACAAGGGACAAGGUCUGUGGGUGACCCUGAAACUGCUUCCGGGUGAUAUCCAUCAGAUCAGGAAGGACUUCCCUCACCUGGUUGACCGUUCCACAGCCGUGGCCCGCAAGAUGGGCUUCCCAGAGAUCAUCAUGCCAGGUGACGUGCGUAACGAUAUCUACGUAACCCUGGUUCAGGGAGAGUUUGAUAAAGGCAGCAAGUCCACCCCCAAGAAUGUCGAGGUCACCAUGACCGUCUACGACGAGGACGGAAAGAAACUGGAGAACGUGAUGUUCCCUGGUGCUGGAGACGAGGGCAUCUUGGAGUACAAGUCUGUCAUCUACUACCAGAUCAAACAGCCACGCUGGUUUGAAACCAUCAAGGUUGCCAUCCCCAUUGAAGACGUGAACCGAAGUCACCUGCGAUUCACCUUCCGUCACCGAUCAUCUCAAGAAUCCAAAGACAAAUCGGAGAAGAUAUUCGCCCUGUCGUUUGUGAAGCUGAUGAGGUACGAUGGGACGACCCUGAGGGACGGAGAGCACGAUCUCAUCGUAUACAAGGCGGAGGCUAAGAAGCUGGAGGACUCGUCUCUGUACCUGAACCUGCCUGCUACCAAGGUGGAGCUGGAGGAGAAGGGAUUGUCCACUACAGGGAAGGGUUCACACAACCUGGGCAACUGUACCAUCAGCAAGGACUCCUUUCAGAUAGCAACCCUGGUGUGUUCCACCAAGCUCACACAGAACGUGGAUCUGUUGGGCCUGCUGAAGUGGCGCUCCAACACCAGCCUGCUACAGCAGAACCUCCGACAGCUGAUGAAGGUCGAGGGAGGAGAGGUCGUCAAGUUUCUGCAGGACACCCUUGAUGCCCUGUUUAACAUUAUGAUGGAGAACUCAGACAGUGACACGUUUGACACCCUGGUGUUUGAUUCCUUGGUAUUCAUAAUUGGACUCAUUGCAGACAGAAAGUUUCAGCACUUUAACCCCGUCCUUGAGACCUACAUCAGGAAGCAUUUCAGUGCUACUCUGGCGUACACGAAGCUGACCAAGGUUCUGAAGAACUAUGUGGAGAAUGCAGAGAGGCUGACAGAACAGCUGCUGAAGGCCAUUAAAGCUCUGGAGUACAUAUUCAAGUUUAUAGUGCGUUCCAGGGUCCUCUUCAACCAACUGUAUGAGAACAAAGGAGAAGCAGACUUCAUGGAGUCCUUGAGGAAUCUCUUCACUUCCUUCAAUGACAUGAUGAACAUCAACUCUGAGAACACAGGCAUGGUGAAGGUAGGACAUCAAUCAUAUAAUCUGGCUCUGCUUCAGAGUGAUACCUUUUGUGUUUCCAUGAAUGCUGUGGUAGCCGUGCUGGAUAAUAAACUGUUCAAGGAGUUCAUUCUGAAGGUUCCUCUGGGUCGUCUGGUCAAACAGAAGCUAAACUGCCUCAUUGACAUCGUCCACAGUGAUCUCUUCACACAGCAUGACUGCCGGGAGAUCCUGCUUCCUCUGAUGACAGAACAGCUGAAGUUUCAUCUAGAGAACCAGGAGGAACUGGAGGCCUGCUGUCAGCUGCUGAGUAACAUACUAGAGGUCCUCUACAGGAAGGAUGUGGGUCCUACUCAGUGGCACGUCCAGAUCAUCAUGGAGAAGCUCCUGAGGACCGUCAACAGAACAGUCAUCUCCAUGGGCAGGGACUCUCCUCUCAUUGGCAGCUUCGUGGCCAGCAUGACCGCUACUCUGAGACAGAUGGACGACUACCACUACACUCACCUGAUCAACACCUUCGGCAAGAUGAGGACCGACGUUGUGGAUUUCCUGAUGGAAACAUUCAUCAUGUUCAAGGACCUCAUUGGGAAGAAUGUCUACCCUGGCGACUGGGUCAUCAUGAACAUGAUGCAGAAUAAGAACGGCAGUCUGAAUCAGGAGUGUGGAAUGGAACUAUUUUUAUGUCUGUCAUGAAACCACACGGGUCUCGAGAGUCCACACGGACCUCAGGGUCCACAUGGGCCUCGGGAGUCCACACGGUCCUCGGGAGUCCACACGGGCCUCUAGAGUCCACAUGGUCCUCAGGGUCCACACGGGCCUCGGGAGUCCACACGGG